AUGUCCCGCUCCGCCGCCGACGCAACCCGCUUCACCGCCACCUCUCCCCACGCCUACGCCAGACCUACCCCCAUAAAUCGCCCCGACCCCUCUACACACUCCGCCUCCGGCACGCCCCGACCCAAUCCCAACGCCCCGCUCAAUCCAAAUCCUCGCGUGCCCCCACCCCCAAUAGAUCCAAAAAAAGGUGCCCAGGGGAGCGCGCCACCGGGGGAAACAGCAGUGGAAAAAGUAGCAAGACUACGCCAGGCGAGGUUACGAGAGAGAGAAGCGCAGAUAACGACCUGGGAUAGAGUCGUGAUCAGGGGGAGGGUGUGGGCGGAUCGAGCACACAAGACCACGGUGGUCAGUCUUCUCGGGUUCUCAAUCGUCGCAGCGGCGAUAACAGGCUUCGCCCUCACCGACAUGAUCCUGCACAACCGCCGCAAACGUUCAGCCUUCUACGCCGAACAACGCGCCAUCUACUCCCAGCGCCUGAUCGAGGCCAUCGAGACGGAAAAAUCCGGCAUGCCCCUCGACGAGGACCAAACGCUCGUCAUCAACCGCGAAAGGGCACGGGUGCAAGCUGAAGAGGCGGCGAAGGAAAGAUCUUGGGGGAAGAGCAUCAGGGGGAUGUUGAUGGGGGGUUUGAAGGGUGAUGAGGAGGAAGGGGAGAGAGGGGAGAAGGUCGCGGUACCAAGUGAGGAGGAGAUUCUGAAAAAGCUCGGCGUGACCCAAACGUCGAUACUCGAGCGAGCGGCGCAGGCGGAUAGGGAUUCAGGGCCUAAGACUACGGACGUGGGCCACGGCAGUGAAGAGGGCAGGAGAGAUGGCACCGGUAUACUGCAGGCUGUGGCGGAGAAGAGGAGGGAGGGGGAGAGAGCGAUGGAAGCUGCUGGAGUGAGAGGGGGACCGUUAGAUCGGAUGGCUGAGGGGCCGGUCCAGGCCGUUGGGGGUACGAUAGAUGCCGCUGAAGAGAAAGCGGGGAGUAGAGGCGGUUGGAGCAAUUGGUGGGCGGGAAAGUGA